CUUCACUUCACCACUUCAUUUGUGAACAAAGGAAAUCCAUUUCCUACUCUUUAAUUAGCUCUUCUAGUUCCCUAGCUCAUCUUUAUCUUCUUUGAAACUUUAACCAACAAUUCUUGCAUAACGAUCAGAAAAAUCAGAAUCUUCAACAAAAAUGAUGAAACUAGUGUUAAAGGUGGAGUUACAUGAUGACAAAAUCAAGCAAAAAGCUAUGAAGUCAGUCUCUGGCAUUUCAGGGGUUGAGUCUGUUUCUGUUGACAUGGGAAGCAAGAAAUUGACCUUAACUGGAGAUAUAGAUCCUGUACAUGUAGUGAGCAAACUAAGGAAGUGGUGUCAUACUGAAAUAGUUUCUGUUGGACCUGCAAAAGAGGAGAAAAAGAAGGAUGAAUCAUCUAAGCCAGAUCAACCAAAAUUGCCUGAGCCAGUCAAGUUCUAUGAAGCUUAUCCCCUUUAUUAUCAGACAAGACCAUCACAAUACACUCAAUAUCAUUAUGUUCAAAGUGUUGAAGAGGAUAAUGUUGGGUGUGUCAUCUGCUGAGCUUCGGAUUAUGCCAGAGAACUGUAUAAAAGAAGAAAAAUGAUAUUUUUCUUUUUCUAUUUUUAAGGCUUUGUCUCAUGGUUUCUGCUUUCUAUUCUUAUUUUAGAAUUGGCGAAAUCAAAUGAUAUAUGAUGAAAUAGAAUUGGAUGUAUCAUUGUUUACAUGUUUAAGGUAAAAAGUUUGAGGGAAGUUUUCA